AUGUCCACCACCAUCCCCAGUGGAACAGUAGAAGAAGAGCCCCUAACCCUCCCUCUCCUCAACCGCAACCUUAGGCGAUCCGCCUCCAACACCACCUCCCAAGUCGCCAUUGUCGGCUCCAAUCCCUGCCCCAUCGAAAGCCUCGACUACGAGCUUAUAGAGAAUCAUUUUUUCAAGCAAGACUGGAGGAGUCGAGGGAAAAUCGAGAUUUGUCAGUACAUAUUCAUGAAAUGGAUUUUGUGCUUUCUUAUUGGGUUCAUCGUCAGUUUAAUUGGCUUCACAAACAAUCUGGCCGUCGAGAAUAUCGCCGGAAUGAAGUUCGUGGUCACCUCCAACAUGAUGUUGGCCAAAAAGUAUUGGGCGGCUUUUCUUGUGUUUGCAUCUUCGAAUUUUGGUUUGACUUUGUUCGCGUGUCUCAUUACGGCUUUUAUAGCUCCGGAAGCUGCUGGUUCGGGUAUACCAGAAGUUAAGGCUUACUUGAAUGGCGUGGAUGCACCAGCUAUAUUUUCUCUGAGGACUUUGGUGGUUAAGGUAAUUUGGGUUUAG